CAUCACCGAUGAGGCUGAUGAUUCAUGGGCAGCCUUUGAAGCAAUGACCCGUGAUGACUGGUCCGUGGAGGCUGAUGAUUCAUGGGCAGCCGCCGAAUUGGUGACCGCCAUCACCGAUGAGGCUGAUGAUUCAUGGGCAGCCUUUGAAGCAAUGACCCGUGAUGACUGGUCCGUGGAGGCUGAUGAUUCAUGGGCACUCUUUGAAGUGACGACCCGUGAUGACUCGUCUGAUGAAGCUGAUGAUCCAUGGCCAGCCUUUGAAGCAAUGACCCGUGAUGACUCGCCCGAUGAGGGUGAUGAUACACGGGCACUCUUUGAAGUGACGACCCGUGAUGACUCGUCUGAUGAGGGUGAUGAUCCAUGGGCAUCCGCCGAAUCGGUGACCGCCAUCACCGAUGAGGAUGAUGAUCCAUGGGAUGCCCUCGAAUUGAUAACCAGUGAUGACUGGUCUGAUGAGGAUGAUGAUCCAUGGGCAUCCGCCGAAUCGGUGGCCGCCAUCACCGAUGAGGAUGAUGAUGCAUGGGAUGCCCUCGAAUUGAUAACCAGUAAUGACUGGUCUGAUGAGGCUGAUGAUCCAUGGGCAUCCGCCGAAUCGGUGGCCGCCAUCACCGAUGAGGAUGAUGAUGCAUGGGAUGCCCUCGAAUUGAUAACCAGUAAUGACUGGUCUGAUGAGGAUGAUGAUCCAUGGGAUGCCCUCGAAUUGAUAACAAGUAAUGACUGGUCUGAUGAGGAUGAUGAUCCAUAGGAUGCCCUCGAAUUGAUAACCAGUAAUGACUGGUCUGAUGAGGAUGAUGAUCCAUGGGAUGCCCUCGAAUUGAUAACCAGUAAUGACUGGUCUGAUGAGGAUGAGGAUGAUGAUCCAUGGGAUGCCCUCGAAUUGAUAACCAGUAAUGACUGGUCUGAUGAGGAUGAUGAUCCAUGGGAUGCCCUCGAAUUGAUAACCAGUAAUGACUGGUCUGAUGA